CCUAGUUCCUGCUUUCAUUCAAGGGACAUUCUGCCAGACAGGCAACAGCAUAAUAUCCUAUAACUAUUUAACUUUUAAUACAUCUUGGAACAACACAACUAACGGGUUACGGAGGUUAUCUGUGUGAAGUCAUUGCUCCAAAGACACAGCAACCAGCCAGAAGACUGAAGAAAACAAUGACCAUUGAUUUUGUAAGCCUAAUUUACAUAUGGCUGCUGCCACUGACAGCAAGCAGCGCAGUGACAUCUGGCCAGAAUAAUGACUUCACUAGUGUGAUGAUAGGACCACAGGUAACAAGAAAUAAGUUCACUCACGACCAGCUGACAACGCAGGAGGCAUCCAGCUUAAAUCCACUCUUAGAUGUCUCAGGUCGUAAAAUCACACAGUCUAUCACAGUUGAUGUAAAUCGAACAGAGGAAAAAGCUCCAACAAAUGAAGUAAGCAUGAAGUCCACAACAGAAAUACAAUUUAAAGUCACAAUAUCAGCAACGACGGUUGUAACCAGUCACGGCAGCAUCUCAACCACAGCUACAAGGGUACCGUCAAUUCUAAGCAUUUCCACCCAAAACCAGUUAACCAGUGAUAAAACUACACAUCCACCUACACGUCCAACACAGUCUGCAAACCUCAUCUCUACUACAACCACAUCUACCAAGCCUGUUGAAAACAAAUCUACAAGUACAAGCCCAGUCACAGUUGGGGAUGCUACGCAGUCCACAGGUUCAUACAAAACGACAAUUGCCACAACAAAGACACCAUUCAUCCACAUCACAAAGGCAAAGGAAAGACAAGAUCCUCCAGAAAAAAAGUCCAAUAAGGAAAAAUACCACAGUAAAGCAGUGGCAGGACUAAUAGGUGGAGCCCUGAUAUUAAUGAUGGUAGGAUUCCUGAUCAUCUAUAUAAAGAAACAGAUGCUUCAAAGGCAGCAAAUAACAACUAGAGACUGGGCCGGUCCUUCACCAUUUCUUGAGGGUGGAGCUGACAAUGGCCAGGUAACACUGAGGUCAUCUAACCAGAUUUCUCUUUCCAGCUUCCUGCCUCAUAGACUGUCCAAAAGGCUGUCCUUGCUCCCAGAAACAAAUGAGAAGUUAGAAGAUAUGACACAAGGUACUACAUUUGGAGAUAAACAUCAAGGGAGUACAUUUGGUCAAGAGGUGGAUGGAAAUGAUGUACAAGAAACCUUUGGGACUGCUGUAGUUGUUUCAGAAAUAAAAAGCACAGAAGAUGUUCCAGAGACUGUUGAAAACUCCAUCUUAGCGACCUCUUCACAAACAGAAGAGAACCCGCUAUACACAUACAACAAUUUGGAGGUUGCAAACCACAGUCAAGACCAUUCUGCUAAUCCCCCCACUCUAACUGGAGCUGUGGAAAAUUCUCUGGCACAACUGAAUGAGGGCUUUGGGCAACCAUAACAAAACCCUCUCCCAACGCAUCCACUUUCCUGGUUUCUAGGCAGCAACAACUGUGACUGACACAGGAAACUACAGAGAUUCUCACACCAGACCCCUGCUGUAUUUUCUUUAUCACCAUGUGGAAAUGUCACCCAAACUUCAAGAGUGUGAAUCUAAAAUGCUUUCUUUUCCAACAUCUCUGCCCUGCCCAACCUCUGCAAAGUGCUACUAGAGAAAAUAUAACAAUAAGGCGCAUGCAGGCACCUUUGUAUUCAUCUUGCAGGUGAUGGAAAGGUUAUGCGGUGGUGAGAACAAACCGUAAUUAAGUAACAGUAAUCAGGAAUUGUCCUGAUUAGCUAUGACUAAUAGCUAUGAAUACCACAGGCUAAAUACAAGCGCUUGCGUUUUCUACAUCUGCUUAGAAAAACGGGCCAACUCAUGUUUAAUCUGACAUAGUAGUUAGAGUCAGUCUACUUGAGUGCAAAUAUUUGUUGUCUCAUUAAUUUACUAUCUGCAGAGUAACGUAGCAUGUACAGUUGAAAAGAAAGAAGGGUCAGUACCCUCGGCACUGGGGUUACACGCUUUUGUAUUUUAUAUAGCAGGUUUCAAAACUUUCAAAACAUUUCUCAAGAGCAAAUUCACAAUAUUGGACUUUCAGAUUAGUUAGUCAUAACUGACUGUUUUGUAACGCUUGUGCAAUAAGUAAAAAAAAAAAAUGGUAUUACAAAAUGUUUGCUUACGAGUUAUGCUCCUCUAGUGUGCAAGUGGAAGUUUGGCCACCACCAUCAUAAAACAGAAACCACUGGCGACAAGAUUGUCAGCCACACACCCCAUCUUCCCCAGGCUCAGCACUUUUCAACUCCCACCUGCACCUACUGCUGACUGUCAGGGUCUUUAUAUUGGAAAUAGAAAUAGACUACUUGUAUGAGUAGUCUUU